AUGAGUGGGCGUAUCUUUCAUGAAAUUCCUGCUAAGCAUACUCUUAGUAGCCCUGAUCAGACAACCGUCAAUUUCCUUGACUUCCCAUUUGAUACUUACACAUCUGAAAUGUCUGUUGAUCAAAUUGAGAACAUGCUUCCAAACCCCAUACAGAAUGGAACUCAAAUGAUAUACCCCGAGACUAUGUUGGUCAAUAGUAUCCCCACUUCUCUCCAUCAAACCAUGCCUGAACUUUCCAACGGGCUCGUACAAAGACUUCACGACAUAUGUUUUGAUAUAUAUCGUCCGAUGAUGGGAAUGGUUGAUCAGAUUCGGUUUGAGACUGAGCUCUCACAUCCAACACCUACUAUUCAGGUUCAAGCUUUAUCUUAUGCCAUUGCAGCACUAGGAGCGCUGUCAGUUCCUGAGCUUCAUUGCCAUGUCAGUAAUUGCUACCAACAGUCUCGUAACCUCCUCGACCUCUGUGAAAGGGAGGAGACCGGCGAAUCAUUAUCCAAUAUCAACACUCUACAAGCUUGUACCUUACUCACUAUUUACGAGCUAAAGCAACCAAACUUUCGUCGAGCUUGGAUGAGUCUGGGAAGGACCACGAGAUUGGCUCAGAUGAUGGGCUUGGGUCAGUCAGAUGGCCGUCCUGCUAGUGUCAUGACUCCACAGUGGUCAGGGCCCUCGCCAACACCUAGUUUACACAAUCCUGUCAAGACUGAAGAAAUGCGGCGAACUUUCUGGGUUCUCUACAUACUUGACGGCUUUGCAAGCAUCAUAACGCAAUCAGGGGUAGCUUUCGACCAAGAGAUCAACAUUCCUCUCCCCGGACGAGAUGUCACAAUCCAAGAGGUGGUCAACAAUACAGACGUAACCAUGCCCUCACUAAACGUGAUUUUCGACCCCGAUGUUGCAGGCAGGGUUCAGAUAUCCUCUCUUGCCGGAGUAGUAAUAAUGACCCAUCUCUACCAACGCAUCGUGAACCAUAUGAAUUCCUCACACAAUGCCUCCCACAACUUCUGGGAAGUUCACUACGAUAUCAAUAAAUCCAUCGAGCUCUGCCGCAACACCCUAAUGGUAGAGCACCUCACUAACAACUCUGACGAUCCAGUCGCCGUGGCCCUCCGAAUGAGCAUGAACACGGUAGACAUCAUGCUCCACGAAAGCGCCCUCUUACGCGUCCACAAAGAAGUACUUCCUGUUUUCCUCGCCAAUGACGCCAUUUCGCGGUGUACAACCGCUGUAAAAGAUAUCAUCGAUGCCCUGCAGAUGGGCCAACUCUUGCCGGGGCGCAAGUUGGAGAGUUUCCAACAGUUGAACAAUUUCCAUACGUGGCCAAUCACUUCGGCAAUUCAAACAUGUUGCAGAUUUCUACAGAUGAGGUGUGAUAACAUGUCACUUUACAUCUAUGCUAUACGUGUGCUUUCGACCUCGCCGACGACGAAAGCUUUGGUGGAUGAGAAUCUUAUUUAUGGGGGGCUUAUUGAGAAGGCGAAUGCCAUGGCGACGGAGGCGGAAAAGUCGAUUCCGGCCAGUUGA